CCAAGUCAAUUGACCAGGCACGUGCUAAUUCAUUUUCAUUUUCGCCAUCCUCCUCCUUCUCACUUCUCACUUCCAUGCCGCCUCCUCACCUCUGUCAGACUCUGCACUCCCUAGCUUAGGGGUUAAGGUUCCUCGUUGUCAUACAUGUCCUCUGCAUCAUACCUUAGUUUCGUGAAUUGUCACAGCGCAGGCAUGCUAGCCUGGCAACAACAGGAGGAGGAGGAGGAGAAGAAGAAGAAGAAGGCAAAAGAGGGGAGGAGAAGGCCCACAACACAGAAUGAGACGUGCAGGGCAGGGAAACAGCAGCAGGAGGAGGAGGAGGAGGAGGAGGAGAAGAAGAAGAAGAAGAAGAAGAAGAAGAAGAAGAAGAAGUCGAAGAAGAAGAAGAAGAAGUCGAAGAAGAAGAAGAAGAAGUCGAAGAAGAAGAAGAAGAAGAAGAAGAAGUCGAAGAAGAAGAAGUCGAAGAAGUCGAAGAAGUCGAAGAAGUCGAAGAAGAAGAAGAAGAAGAAGAAGAAGAAGAAGAAGAAGAAGGCAAAAGAGGAGGAGCCCACAACACAGAAUGAGACAUGCAGGGCAGGGAAACAGCAGCAGGAGGAGGAGGAGGAGGAGAAGAAGAAGAAGAAGAAGGCAAAAGAGGAGGAGGAGCCCACAACACAGAAUGAGACGUGGAGGGAAGGGAAACAGCAGGAGGAGGAGGAGGAGGAGAAGAAGAAGAAGAAGAAGAAGAAGAAGAAGAAGAAGAAGAAGAAGAAGAAGAAGAAGAAAGAGGAGGAGAAGACCCACAACACAUAGAAUGAGACGUGGAGGGCAGGGAAGCAGCAGCAGGAGGAGGAGAAGAAGAAGAAGAGGAAGACGAAGAAGACAAAAGAGGAGGAGCAGAAGGCCCACAACACAUAGAAUGAGACGUGGAGUACAGGGCUGA